UAAUAAUGUGGAAUUUCCAAGUUCAACAAAACUAAUCAAAAUAAGUUAGUUGUCAAUAUCAAGACUUUAGUAUCAUGUUAUUGUAUUUGUUAGUAUGAUUUAUAAAGUAUUAUUCUAUUCAUUACAUAACAUCAUCAAGUGAAUCACCUUUUUACACAAUGUCAAUUUCUUGAUUUAUUAAUAUUAAAAAUUUUGCAUAGAACCAAUGGAAGUUACAAGGUAUGAACGAAAGUUGGAAGAAGUAACAGAGGUGAUUGGUCAUGCAAAGUUGGCUGAAGAUGAUUUGGCACCCCAGUCUCAAGCUUUAUUCGUCUCAGAUUCUUUUGAUGAUUACAGAUUGCUUGAGUUGAAUAGCAGCAUUCAAACGAAUCUGAGUGAAGGACAAAGAGUUGUUUUUCAAGGUGAAAAACACGAGAAGGCUGUCUUGUGUACAGAAAAUGAAACUUAUGAGAUACUCGAAGCUGAAACUUCCAACACACUACUGUUGGUUCCUGAGCUCAUAUUCGCUUUACCUGCCAAAGAUGGCGUGAAUCAGAAUGGGAAUGGGGCGGUUGGCGAACAGAAUGGAACGCGCCAUUUGUCAAGUACUGUGAUAACAGGAGUGUUCAACAGUUACCUGGAGUUGCGUAAAAUGAAGCCUCGGCUGAGGAAGCUGGAAGAGCUGUUAUCGUGCAGUGAGUACAGAGGGUCAGAACUAGAGGAGGAGGUGCUAGCCAGGGCUGACAGCCGUUUGUACUCACGAGAGGACUUGCUCACACUCGUUCAGGCCAGUAGCAACGAGCUGGAUGAGGGCCUUCGACAGAUCGCAGCAUGUCAAAUCGAUGGCAAGUGGCGUUUACUGGACUUCGACUACUGCUUCAGGGUGCUUUCGCAGAUCCAGAAUCUUGUUGAUUCGAAUUCGUGGCCGCUGAAUGCAGUUCCAGAAAAUGAAACUGUCGAAACGUUGAAAGAUAUUUUUCCUGAGGUGAUAGUGCGACAUGUUUUCCAUCAAUUCACCUCUCCACAAUAUGAACGAAAUGAAGAAGGUGACGCACUGUUCGAGCUGACUGAAGACAAAGUGUGCCGCUUCCUGGCUGAGGCGCUGCUGCGGCCCCUGGCCAACGGCGACCACAACGAUGCAGCCUGCAGUGGCUUCGAUUUGCAACAAUUUCUGGCCGCCUGGCAGCACAGUGUGCCCGAAGGCAUGGAGACGAACGUGCAGCAGUUAGCUGGUCUGGCGGUGAUCGACGAUUCGGCCGGGAAGACGCCGCAGGUCAAACUGUUGCCUGAGAAGAGUUUGCCCGAAGGUGCAACUGAACGUCUGCAGCAGCUGUUCUCCAUUCGACAACAAUGGACACUUGAUGAAAUACAGCCUUACAUUGAGCCUGUAGCUGUUAAUGCGGCUGACGUCAACAGACUACUCAUGAAGCACGCCCGAUCAUUCAUGUCCAAUGGCAAGCGCUGCUACACAGCUAGGCAUGGACAAAACAACUGAAAGGUCAGCAUAUUUCCGCAUAUAUAUCGCACCAAUAAGGCAUUUUUUUCAACUAAAAUACUAAUUUCAACACUUCAAUUUAUAAGUUUCUCUGUUACCUGUAUUUAAUUAAAGUAUGAUUGUUGAUUUUUAA